AUGUCUCCUUUUCUGAAUGUGUUCCUGUUUGGUCCCGUUCUUCCCCCAGCGUCGCUGCGUCUUUUGGUUCCUCCACUGCGGCUGGUGUCUGCAGCUCUAUGGCAGGUUGUUCAGCGGAGAGACGUCAUGGACUACGGCUUGGUGGAGGAGUUUGUCACCACCACCUGUUGUGUUGGACAUAGUCCCAGAUCUGAUGAGUUCCAGAGAGAAAGUCCAACUCAUCAUGGGUCUGAGAGCACAGGUGAGAGAUGGGGGGGGCUGAUGGGUGGAGAGUGUAAAGGAGGAACGGGACUCAGGAGAACCCCUUGUUUCAACACCGGGGGUGAGGUAACUUCAUUAGAUGCAUGUAGUUGUUUGGUUAUAAUCUGGGUAAUUCUAUAUGAAAUAAUUAACCUGUGAACUAGGCUGUACCACAUUGUAUUGCUAUAGAAAUUGGUAUAGUCCCAUUAAAAAGUAUUACCCCACUUGCACAGUUUUCAUAUUUUCUGAAACAUGAUGCAUCCACCGCCAUGCUUGAAAUGGCUCCAUAGGAAAAGGCUAAUCUCAGCUGCAGUCAAUACGCUGGUUUUGUUUGCUGGCGCAUCCACCAGUAUAAUUUGAUUGAAUAAUUCUUUUAAAAUCCAACUUUUACUCCAUCAGCUGGUUCUGGAGUUGUGUCGCUCAGAACACCUAGCCGACUCUGAUACCAUCCAGCCACGCUCAGAACACCUAGCCGACUCUGAUACCAUCCAGCCACGCUCAGAACACCGACUCUGAUACCAUCCAGCCACGCUCAGAACACCUAGCCGACUCUGAUACCAUCCAGCCACGCUCAGAACACCUAGCCGACUCUGAUACCAUCCAGCCACGCUCAGAACACCUAGCCGACUCUGAUACCAUCCAGCCACGCUCAGAACACCUAGCCGACUCUGAUACCAUCCAGCCACGCUCAGAACAGGAUGAGGACCUGUAUCAUCACUCGUAGAGACAACAAGGUGAGUGCCGCUCAGUGACAUUGUAACUCUGCUGGUAUUAUUUGUAGUGGUUGAUAGAGAUAGAAAGACGGCUCGUCUUUGCUUCUGUGACAGCAUGGGCAGCGCCAUUGAGGGCUAUCUCCAUUUUAAAGUAGUCAAUUUUCUUCUUAGUACAAAGCUAAUAUUGGUGAUUUACCUCCUCCUGCAGUGCUGGAGUCCUGAACCAAAUUGUGUGUCAGAGUGCCCACAAGAUGGCAGUAAUAUAUGCUUAAGCCAUUGACAAACCAUAGGCAACCCAUUUAGAAGAAGAAGACAACGCUCUGAUCAUUGGCUGAACCCAUAGGAAUCCCCACCCAGUGGACAACUUUAUAAUGGUGGAAGCCCUCAAUGGUAUUUAUCCAUGAUGAAAAUGGGUUAGUCCCGUGUAGCUCAGUUGGUAGAGCAUGGCGGUUGCAACGCCAGGGUUGUGGGUUCGAUUCCCACGGGGGACUAGUAUGAAAAUGUAUGCACUCACUUAACUGUAAGUCGCUCUGGAUUAGAGCAUCUGCUAAACGACUGAAAUGUUAUAUCCAUCCAGAGCCUUCUUUUUACCUCUAUGGUUUUCAAAUCAUUACAGCAGUCUCAACCCCUCGGGGGAAAAAAGGUUUGUGAUAACCAGUGAUGUAGUGGUAAUAAAUAGGUGGGGAAACGCUGAUCCCCGUUCACAGUGAGUAAGGUAACUACACUUUCAAUGCAUUUUCCGACAAAAGUUGGGUAAACGCUGGCGCAAAAUAAGAAAGGUACGUCAAUGGCGUUCACACAGCUUCCGUUGUCACGUGCUCUGGUUAACCAGGCAAGGUGUUAUAGAUGCUGGCUCUUUUGAUUUAUUCACUGUGCUAUCCUCCAUACUUGCUGUAGAUUUCUGAUCCUGAGGUGGAGGCAUCAGAAUCCCAACUUCCUGAAGCUGAUUCAAACACGGCUGGAAGACCCAGUUGAGAAAGAGAGAGAGAAGGCUUCUUUCAGGUCAGUGACUAAGCAGCUGCUGGUGACGAGGAGGUGGUGAACAAGAGGAGGAUAAUAACUCCAAGGGGUUGAAUGCUUUGACAAGGUAGUAUUCAAUGUUUACAUUCAAAAGCAUCUCUACUUGUUUGGUUGUUUCUUAGAAGGUUUUUCUGGAGGAAUUCGGCCCAAAGUAUCACUCCGCACUGCAGACUCUGGUGUGGGAGUUCCUCCAGGCUGGAGAAGCUGCUUCCAACACCAACCCUUCAACAGGUACCACCAUAACGUCUUACUACCUUCAUCAAAUCAAUUCGAAUUGUAUUUGUCACCUGCGCCGAAUACAACAGGUGUAGACCUUACCGUGAAAUGCUUACUUACAAGCCCUAAACCAACAAUGCAGUUUUAAGAAAAUAGAGUUAAGAAAAUAUUUACUAAAUAAACUAAAGUUAUAUAUUUUUUAAUUACACAAUAAAAUAACAAUACGUUUUGGAGGCAAUAUUGCCAGCAAUGGUUGCUGCAAAACCUUUCCAUUGAAAAUGAGCAACUUUUUAUAAUCUGGGGAAUCUGGCCAAUUUCUAGGAAUCCUCCAAUCAGAGCGCAGAUAUUGGUCAUGUGAUCAGCCUGACAUUGUAAAAUAUUUUGGAAAGCAUGUUGGAGGUUUUUGAGCUGAAUGAGAGAAAAACAACUCCCAUUUUGGAGUGAAAUGUUGACUAUUCACGUCUCAAAUGUUUCCUCACUACAAUAUUUGAUCAUGAUACGUUAAUACAGAUAUACUGUUUUUAGUUUGUCAUGUUUCACUGACAAAAAUGUCCACGCUAGGGCGCAUGCUAAUCGAUUAGCAUGCUAAUUGAAUCCCAUGUAUAGUCAAUAGUACAAACUGGCUCAAUUAGCCAGCUAACUAGCCACAUAGAUUGUUAGCUAGCUAUAUCCAUUUACAUUUAGUUUUAGUGUACACUACCAGUCAAAAGUUUGGACACACCUACUCAUUCAAGGGUUUUUCUUUAUUUUUACUAUUUUCUACAUUGUAGAAUAAUAGUGAAGAGAUCAAACUAUGAAAUAACACAUAUGGAAUUAUGUAUUAACCAAAAAAGUGUUAAACAAAUCAAAAUAUAUUUUAUAUUUGAGAUUCUUCAAAGUAGCCACCCUUUGCCUUGAUGACAGCUUUGCACACUCUUGGCAAAAACGUUUAAUAGUUUAAAAAGUUGUAUAUAAGCACACUAUUCCAGACCAGUCUACACGUUUUAAAGUUUGAAUGGCCUUUCUAGCUUAAACGGUGUAAGAGGAGUAGUGAUCCAAAGAACAAUUACAAGGCAGAAAUAAGUUGUACAUUAUUUAGACACAUUAAUACAACCGUGUUUCUCCAGGACGCUGACAAUGUGCCUGAACAGUAUAAAACGCAUAAUGGUAUAGAAUAAAAUAUAUCUUUAUGCAUCUAUUCAUCCAAUGAAUGGACAUUUUGCAUAUCCUACAAUGUAAAAAAAAAAAGUAAAAAUAAAGAAUGAGUAGGUGUGUCCAAACUUUUGACUGGUAGUGUACACUAAAACUAAAUGUAAAUGGAUAUAGCUAGCUAACAAUCUAUGGGGCUAGUUAGCUGGCUAAUUGAGACAGUUUGUACCAUUGACUAUACAUGGGAUUCGAUAAGCUUGCUAAUCGAUUAGCAUUCGCCCCAGCGUGGACAUUUUUGUCAGUUAAACAUGACAAACUGAAAACAGUAUAUAUGUGUUAACGUAUCAUGAUCAAAUAUUGUAGUGAGGAAACAUUUGAGACGUGAAUAGUCAACAUUUCCCUCCAAAAUUUGAGUUGUUUUUUUCUCACUUCAGCUCAAAAACCUCCGCCAUGUUUUCCAAAAUAUUUUACAACAUCAGGCUGAUCUCAUGACCAAUAUCUGCGCUCUGAUUGGAGGAUUCCUAGAAAUUGUCCAGAUUCCCCAGAUUAUAAAAAGAUGCUCAUUUUCAAUGGAAAGGUUUUGCAGCAACCAUUGCUGGCAAUAUUGCCUCCAAAAAUUGCUAGUGUAUCAUCAGCUAAAUCGUCUCUGCUAUUUAAAUCUGAAAUCAGAACACAAAUAACUUCUACCAAUCAAGAGGUACUGCUGUUUUAGUAACUGCAUCAACUACAUUUCCUCUGACGGCCUCCCGAGUGGCGCAACGGUCUAAGGUACUGCGCUGCAGUGUUGCGGCGUCACUACAGCCUGGGUUCGAUCCCAGGCUGUGUCACAACCGACCGGGAGUCCCAUAGGGCGUCGUCCAGGUUAGGGAAGGGUUUGGCCGGGGGGGGGGGGGGGGGGGGGGACUUUACUUGGCUCAUCGCGCUCUAGCGACUCCUUGUGGCGGGCCGGGCGCCUGCAGGCUGACUUCGGUCGUCAGUUGAACAGUGUUUCCUCCGACACAUUGAUGCGGCUGGCUUCUGGGUUAAGAGAGUGGGUGUUAAGAAGCGCGGUUUGGCGGGUCGUGUUUCGGAGGACACAUUACUCGACCUUCGGCUCUCCCGAGCCCGUUGGGGAGUUGCAGCGAUGUGACAAGAUUGUAAUAACGAAAUUGGGGAGAAAAAGGGGGUACAAAUUACACACAAAAAAUAUAAAUAAAUAACUGAAAUGUUUACCACUUUCUCAACAAGUUAGAAAAAAACUUAGAGGGUAUGAAAUAGUGGUGUACUUCUCUGCCAAUUCAAGUCUGAAAUCAGAACAGAAAUAUCUACUACCAAUCAAGUCUCUCCUCACCCUUUCAUCCCUUCAUCCAUUAGGCAGGCAUCUAUCCAUUUACUUAUCCAUUCUAUUUAUUUAUCUAGCUUCCAGUCAUAACUUUAAAAACCUGUCUAUCCCCUAGCAUAUGUCAUAUUUCAUAUAAUACUACUGCUACUUUCUUUUGUUCUUUAUUUCUGUCUUUCGUUUAUCCAAUAAAAUAUAUAUAUAUAUAUUUAUUUAUUUAUUAUCGGCUAAAAUCUGUCUAACCCUGCAGCUUUAUUAGGCCAUCUUUUUUGACAACAUUGAAUUAUCAAGAGCCAGAUGCACCAUCAAUCAUGUUUUUCUCCCUAAAUAAUAGUUUAACUUUAAAACGUGUAGACUGGUCUGGAAUAGUUUGAUAACAUUUACACUUUUUGAACUAUUAAACCUUUUGUCCUUAAAAAAACCUCAUCCACUUUAAUGGGAUUUCUUCAACAUUCUAAUGUAAAUGUCUCAUUGUUGAAAACUCCCAGACUUCCAACAUUCUAUUCACUGUAAACAAUGUAACUUUUGCCACUAAUCAGCUACUUUCACCACUUUCCCAACAAGUUAGCCAAAAACUUAGCGCGUACAACAUCUUAAGGCUGGUUUAUACUUGGUCUAACAACGUGUUUGUAGACAAUUAGAAUUCGACAAGUGUCGUUGGUCAAAACAACAUUUAAUUUAUACUCCAGUGGAAUGUCUGUAGACCGUCGCUGCGACUGUCGGUUUCCAUGUUCAUGUUGCAGACAGAAAAUUGAACUUUCACCCUGUUUCAGCAUCUGUUGUCAUGGUUACCAGAAACGAGAGUGCACACGUUCUAAAAAUCUCUGUUAGAAUGCCCUGCUUUUAUUUCGUCACAUUUUUGUUGUAAUUUAUCUUCCUGUAAUAAUGAAUACAAAUUAGCUAAUGUUAAGAUGUUGUCAGCUAUGCUCUGGUCAUUAUUUUAACUGGCUAGUCAGCUAGCUAACAAGCUAGAAACGAACCAAAACAUUGCUUUUAGUUGCCUGGCUUGCUAGAUUGACAUAUACUAAAUUCAUUUUUAGACGGAUGGGUGUAUUGGUGUUAAAAUACCGCAGUUAUGCUAUUUGGACCACCAUGCUGUUGAUGUCAUGCAGCCUGACGUUUUUGUGUUUAUAUUUUUUCAAAACAACGACAAGUUUGAUGUCAGAUGACAAUAGAAUGUUCAUGAUGUCACUGAGACAACUGUCUACAGACACGUCGAUAGACCAACUGUAAACAAGCCUUAAGUCUACUUCUCCGCUAUUCAAAUCGGAAAUCAGAACAGAAAUCUCUUCUUCCAAUCCAUCAAAAGUUUCAGCUGUUUCAAACUAUACUGAACAAAAAUAUAAACGCAACAUGUAAAAGUGUUGGUCCCAUGUUUCAUGAGCUGAAAUAAAAGAUCCCAGAAAUGUUCCAUAUGCACAAAAAGCGUAUUUCUCUCAAAUUUUGCGCACUAAUUUGUUUACAUCCCUGUUAGCGUUUCUUCUUUGCCAAGAUAAUCCAUCCACCUGACAGGUGUGCCAUAUCAAGAAGCUGAUUAAACAGCAGGAUCAUUACACAGGUGCACCUUGUGCUUGGGACAAUAAAAGGCCAACCUAAAAUGUGCAGUUUUGUCACACAACACAAUGCCACAUAUGUCUCAAGUUUUGAGGGAGCGUGCAAUUGGAGUGCUGACUGCAGGAAUGUCCACCAGAGCUGUUGCCAGAUAAUUGAAUGUUAAUUUCUCUACCAAAAGCGUAGUUUUAGAGAAUUUGGCAGUAUGUCCAACCGGCCUCACAACCGCAGACCAUGUGUAACCACACCAGCCCAGGACCUCCACAUCCAGCUUCUUCACCUGUCUGACACCAGCCACCCAAACAGCUGAUGAAACUGAGGAGUAUUUAUGUGUAUAAUAAAGCUCUUUUGUGGGGAAAAACUCAUUCUCAUUGGCUGGGCCUGGCUCCCAAGUGGGUGGGCCUAUGCCCUCCCAGGCCCACCUAUGGCUGCGCCCCUGCCCAGUCAUGUGAAAUCCAUAGAUUAGGGCAUAAUUAAUUUAUUUCAAUUGACUGAUUUCCUUUUAUGAACUCUAACUCAGUAAAAUCGUUGAAAUUGUUGCAUGUUGCGUUUAUAUUUUUGUUCAGUGUACAUUUUCUCUUUUAGUUAUCUUUAUAACUGGCAGUUUGACCACUUUCUCAACAAGUUAGACAAAAACGUAGUGUAUGAAAUCUUAGUCUUACUUCUCUGCUUUUCAAAUCUAAAAUCAGAACACUUCUUCCACCACCACAAAAAUACUUUCAAAGAGCUCAAGCAAGUCACACAAUUUUUCUUCAUGGACAAUUACCAUCUAGUUGCUUGUAUUAAAAGUUCACAAGGUAAUUUGAAUUACUUGUAUUAGUUCUACUACAGUCAUUGAACUUUUACAGGACAUGGAUGGCAAUAACUGCUUUUUUUGUGUGUAAAAAAAACAACAAAUAAUAGUAAAGACAUUUAAAUCACCAAAAAGUGGGCAACAAGGUUAUGAUAUUUUAGAACUUCAUCUAUUGUCAUUGUCAAGCCAUUCUCUUUCCAAUAGACUGCAUCUUGGUUUCUACCUGACCCCUCUGUCCUGGAGGAGUGUGUGCAGACUGGCAGACUGUGUCACCCUCAACCUUUGAGAACCCUUCUCCAGUCCCACACCAACCCUUCUCCGGUCCCACACCAAUCCUUCUCCAGUCCCACACCAAUCCUUCUCCGGUCCCACACCAACCCUUCUCCGGUCCGACACCAACCCUUCUCCGGUCCCACACCAACCCUUCUCCGGUCCCACACCAAUCCUUCUCCGGUCCCACACCAAUCCUUCUCCAGUACCACACCAACCCUUCUCCGGUCCCACACCAAUCCUUCUCCGGUUCCACACCAACCCUUCUCCAGUCCCACACCAACCCUUCUCCGGUCCCACACCAAUCCUUCUCCGGUCCCACACCAACCCUUCUCCAGUCCCACACCAACCCUUCUCCAGUCCCACAUGUUGAGGCCAAUG